AUGGCGGCAAACAAUUUCGAGAUCAAGCCGGCUCUAGUUACUAUGAUACAAAGCAAUGCCCUCUUCCACGGCCAUGAGAGUGAGUCACCAAGAGAGUACGUGCAGAGAUUCUUGGAGCUCGCGGGGAGCUUGAAGAUUAAUGGUGUGCCGGCCGAGGCUUUGCAACUAAGGCUUUUCCCGUACUCACUCUCGGGGAAGGCACUUAGGUAA